AUGUUAACGCCUUCUGUUCCUCCAGAUGCCACAGCCAAAGAUCCAGCCAAGAUCAGGUUGGCCACUCCUCCAGAUGCCACCAUCAGCCUGGUGAACGGCAGGAACCGCUGCGAGGGUCGCGUGGAGAUUUCACACUCGGGGGGCCGGGGCACCGUCUGUGACAAUGGCUGGGACCUGAGAGAUGCCCAGGUGGUGUGCAGGCAGCUGGAAUGUGGAGCUGCUGUUUCUGCAACAUCAGAUGCCUCCUUUGGGCAAGGCAGUGGCAGCAUCUACCUGGACUAUGUGAGCUGUGCAGGCUGGGAACCAUCCAUCUUCCAGUGCAGCCACCGUGGCUGGGGCGUCCACAAGUGUGGCCACAGUGAAGAUGCUGGUGUUGUGUGCUCAGGUACCACUGGUGCCACCAUCAGCCUGGUGAACGGCAGGAACCGCUGCGAGGGUCGCGUGGAGAUUUCACACUCGGGGGGCCGGGGCACCGUCUGUGACGAUGGCUGGGACCUGAGAAAUGCCCAGGUGGUGUGCAGGCAGCUGGGAUGUGGAGCUGCUGUUUCUGCAACAUCAAGUGCCUCCUUUGGGCAAGGCAAUGGCAGCAUCUACCUGGAUGAUGUGAACUGCACAGGCUGGGAGUUCUCCCUCUUCCAGUGCAGCCACCGUGGCUGGGGCGACCAUAAUUGUGGCCACAGUGAAGAUGCUGGUGUUGUGUGCUCAGGUACCACUGAUGCCUCCACCAUCAGCCUGGUGAACGGCAGGAACCGCUGCGAGGGUCGCGUGGAGAUUUCACACUCAGGGGGCCGGGGCACCGUCUGUGACGAUGGCUGGGACCUGAGAGAUGCCCAGGUGGUGUGCAGGCAGCUGGGAUGUGGAGCUGCUGUUUCUGCAACGUCAAGUGCCUCCUUUGGGCAAGGCAGUGGCAGCAUCUACCUGGACGAUGUGAACUGCACGGGGUUGGAAUCGUCCCUCCUUAAGUGCGGCCACAAUGGCUGGGGCGUCCACAAGUGUGGCCACAGUGAAGAUGCUGGUGUUGUGUGCUCAGGUAUCACUGGUUUGACUGCCUGCAUGCGGGGACUCUUUCAGGACAUGUCCCCUCUUGGCUGGAUAUGGAGUCCUUCUUUGACCCCUUCAGAUAAAGCAGAUUGUUUGUGGCAAAUACAUGUAAAAAACAAUUUCCUCAUUGUGCUCACAUUUGAUAACAUCCAGUUGCAAGGUGGAUGCCAGAAUGAUUACAUUGAGAUCUAUGAUGGGCCACCCAAAUCUUCUCCUCUGCUUGGAAAAAUUUGUUCUAGUUCUCAUCUCACAUACACCUCAUCUUCAAACUUCAUGUCUGUGAGGUUUUACAGUGACUCCAGAUAUUCCAGUGGAAGUUUUAGGGCUCAGUAUCAGUCCUUUCCAGCAGACCAGAACACCACCCUUCUGUGCUUGUCAACCUACAUGUAUGCAGUGGUAGACAGACAUUAUCUCCAGUCCCAGGGCUACUCAGUGGAGAGCAUCAGCCUGGCAGACCCUCAAUGCAGACCAAAAAUUACAUCAACUGAGGUUAUCUUCAACAUUUCAUACAGCCACUGUGGUACACGUAGAGAGGGCAACAAUGAAACAAUCACCUACUCCAACGUGAUUAAAGUGCCUGCUCCCGGCAAAGUCAUCAAGAGGCAAAAGGACCUUCACUUGCACAUCAGCUGCAAAAUGCUGCGGGACACCUGGGUUCAGGUCAUGUACAUUGCUGACGAUGUCAUCGAUGUCAACAAAACCCAGUACGGCAGAUACGACGUGAGCCUGACGUUCUACAACUCCUCGUCUUUCCAGUGGCCAGUGCACGACUUCCCAUACUAUGUUGACAUGAAUCAGAAUUUGUUCCUCCAAGCUUCUCUUCACAGCUCUGACAAAAAUCUGACCGUGUUUGUGGACACCUGUGUGGCAUCGCCUAAUUCUAGUGAUUUUAGAACACUGGUCUAUGAAUUGAGCAAGAGUGGGUGUGGCAGUGACCCUAGCUACUCUCUCUUCCCCUCGCCACGCGCCGACAUCGCUCGGUUUGGGUUUAACGCCUUCUCGUUCGCGAACCGAUUCCCGUCAGUGUUCCUGCGCUGCGAGCUGCUGGUGUGCAGGUACCGCGACUUCGCCUCCCGCUGCUACCAAGGCUGCGUUAGUAGGGUCAAGAGGAAUGCAGAUUCUUCCCACAAGCAAGUGAAUGUUGUUGUUGGACCCGUGCAGCUUCGGGAAGCUCACGCUGAGAGCAGGAACAUUGAACUGGCCUCUGACAUCCAGGCAAAAGGGGAGACUCUGAGCUCAGAGCCUGCUGACAGCUCCCACGUUCCUCUGGCUGUGACCACCGUGGUGCUGGUAGCUGCUGUUCUCACAGUGGGAGGAUUUUUUUGGAAGAGGAAGCUGCAGGAGGCCAUCCCAUACCAGAAACUGUGAGAGGCAGCUGCGGGCAUGGAGGUGGAAGGACACUUUCACCAGCCACCUGCUUCGUUAUUUGGGUUUGCAAUCAGUGUGAAGGGCAGCUCUUACCUGGCUAUUCCACCAUCCAGACCAUGUUUGAAGAAUCAGCAUUACACCUGAUGUUACCAUGAACUGAAUUUACAAAGCAACCUGAUUUUAAAACCUGAUGAGUAAAGAAGGAUUGAUUCUUUCAUCCCAGCAUCCAAAUAAGCACCUUCAGUGCUGGACAUUUCAAAGCUUUUCUGUUGAACUCCUCAUUGAGUGUCUGUGGAGAAGACUGAAACAGGUGACUUGAGAAACAAGAACUGAUUUAUUUGGCCCUUGCUGACAUGCAGAUGAAACACCUGUGUAGCAUCAUAGAUACACUGGGAAGAAGUACAAGAAAAAAGUUUCUUUGCAGUAAAAAAAAUCUCAGUAAUGAGCCAUAAGCAAAUAUGCUCAGGUGCUGGACAUGAAGAAUUACUGCUGUACAGCAUUCCUGAUUUUGGGCAGAUUGGUUUUUCCCAAAUUCAUAUUUCUCUGAAUAAAUGUAGGCCAUCUAUACAAUUUUGUAUGGAGGAUGAAUAUAAUCCCGUUACUUAAAUG